ACACUCUCGGGGUGGGGUUUCUAGUUUAGCUGCGCGGAGAAUAGCGACUGUCUGGUAGAGUGAUGUCACAUAACGAAUAGACGAGAGACCGAACCAGUGACUGAUUGUAAUAGCUGGGGAAAGCGCACCUGUUGAAUAACAGGCUCACAACCAUAUUCCCGUUUUCCGUAUUUCUUCGAAGCUUUUGGCUGCAUUUUAAAAGUUCAGAAUGACGGAUACAAUACUUACCAACGGAAUCAAGGACCGAGCGGGUCAGAAUGGAUAUUUUAAAAAGGGAUGUAACCCACUAGCCCUGACGGGCCGCUCCAAGCUGCAGAAUGAGAGAGCCAGUCUCAACCAACAGAUCAUCAGACAGAUGAGGAUGAGAGCUGGGGCAGAGAACUUACUAAGGGCGACCUCCAACAACAAAGUGUGUGAUAUGGUCGUUCUGGAGCUGAGCUAUAUCAACUCUAACCUGCAGCUGCUCAUGGAACAACUGGAGGGGCUCAACAGCUCCGUGGAGGUCUACCAGAACAUCCAAGAGACCUCCAGCAUCCCUCUCAUCCCGCUGGGUCUGAAGGAGACUAAAGAGAUGGACUUCUCUGUGUCUUUCAAGGACUUCAUCCUGGAGCAUUACAGUGAAGAUGGCUCCAGCUUCGAGGAGGAGAUCGCUGACCUGAUGGACCUGAGACAGGCCUGUCGUACCCCCAGUCGCAAUGACGCCGGCAUCGAGAUCCUGGCCAAGUACUUCAGCCACAUACCUCUACUGGAGAGCCGCUUCUUCUCCGCUACCCGCCAGAUGGGCAUCUUCUUUACUUGGUAUGACUCGUUCACAGGUGUUCCAGUGUGCCAGCAGAACGUCUCUCUGGAGAAGGCCAGUAUUCUGUUCAACAUCGGCGCCCUCUACACCCAGAUCGGCACGCGCUGCAACCGCCAGACGGGCGCCGGCCUCCAGGAUGCCAUCACAGCCUUCCAGAAAGCUGCAGGAGUCCUCCACCACCUGAAGGAGACGUUCACCCACACCCCCAGCUAUGACAUGAGUCCCUCCAUGCUCAGCAUGCUCAUCAAGAUGAUGCUGGCCCAAGCUCAGGAGUGUCUGUUUGAGAAGAUCGCUCUGUCUGGCAUCCGCAAUGAGUUCUUCUCUCUUCUCAAGAUGGCCCACGAGGCUGCCAAGGUAGGAGACACCUAUGACCAGGUUCACCAGUCCAUGAGCCAGACUCCCAUCAAGGACAACGUCCCGUUCUUCUGGUCCACCAUGGCUCAGGUCAAGACCCACCACUACCGUUCACUGGCACACUACUUCCUGGCUACUGCGCUAUUGGACCACCAGCUGAGGCCCAGUGAUGACGAGGACCAACAGGAGAAGGCUCUGUCCCAGGCGUAUGAUGCCAUGCCAGAUGGCCGCUCCCCACUCGACAUCCUCAGGAAGAUAGAGGAGAGACGACAAAUCGGUAAGGCCCACCUGCGGCGGGCUGUGAUAGGUCAUGAGGAGGGUCUGAGGAUCCAUAGUCUGUGUCGUCACCUCAGGAAGCUGGAUGUGCUCCAGGCCAUCCUCCAGGCCAGUCACAACCGUUCCCUGGCCAAGUUCAAUGACAACAACCGAGAGGACGAGUUCACAGACUACCUGGAGGCUCCAGACAUCAUCUCUAAAACGGAGCACAAGGCAGAGAUGGAAACGCCCAUGUCCACAAAGGUGAAAGUCACAGACUUUUUCCGGAGGCUGGGUCCUCUGUCAGUGUUCUCUGCUAAGCAACGGUGGACAGCUCCUCGUACCGUCAGGCUGAGACUGGAGGACAGAGACCUGGGCUUCACCCUGAGAGGAGACCCAGUACCUGUACAGGUUACCUCCCUGGACCCACUCUGCCCUGCCGCUGUCGACGGGCUGAAAGAGGGGGACUACAUUGUUGCCGUGGGAGACGCGGACUGUAAGUGGAUGGUAGUGAGCGAUGUGAUGCGGCUGCUGAAGGAUGUGGACGAGGACGGGAUCGACAUCCGCGUUGUUAGCUUGAUGGACAGCGGCCUGCCCAUGCCCACUAAGAGUGCCACGUACUGCGGAGGUAUAUCUAAGACCUACUCUAUGAUCUGCCUGGCAUUCGACGACGACAAGAGCCCCAAGGGCCGCAAGGUGACCAAGAAGGGCUCCUUCCUGUCCUGGGGCGUAAAGAACCAUCUGAAGAGCUCCAGCACCCUGAGCCUCCCUACAGCAGACUACUCUGGAACACUGCCUUGGAACAAACCCUGUCCCACCUUCCCUUCCUCCAGCCCCUACAACGACUCCGCUCUUUACUAGAGAAGGAAACAUACUGGACUGUACAGACACUCUACUGGGUUAGAGAAUACUGUGUGACGGUCUCAAAUGGCACCCUAUUCUCCAUAUAGUGCAGUACUUUGGAGGUCUAUGGGCUCUGGUCUAAAGUAGUGCACUCUAUAGGGAAUAGGGUGCCAUAGGGCUCUGGUCUAAAGUAGUGCACUAUAUAGGGAAUAGGGUGCCAUUGUGGGCACACAUGUUAAAUCCACUUUAAUCAGUGUAGAGGAAGAGGAGGAGACGGGUUAAAGAAGGAUUUUCAAGCCUUGACAUUUGAGACAUGGAUUGUAUUUGUGUGCCAAUCAGAGGGUGAAUGGGCAAGACAAAAUAUUUAAGUGUCUUUAAACAGGGUAUGGUUGUAGGUGUCGGGUGCACCGGUUUGUGUGAAGAACUGCAACGCUGCUGGGUUUUUCACACUCAACAGUUUCCCAUGUGUAUCAAGAAUGGUCCACCACCCAAAGGACAUCCAGCCAUCUUGACACCACUGUGGGAAGCACUGGAGUCAACAUGGACCAGCAUCCCUGUGGAACGCUUUCAACACCUUGUAGAGUCCAUGCCCCGACACAUUGAGGCUGUUCUGGCACAUUGAGGCUGUUCUGACACAUUGAGGCUGUUCUGACACAUUGAGGCUGUUCUGACAGAAUGAGGCUGUUCUGACAGAAUGAGGCUGUUCUGGCACAUUGAGGUUGUUCUGACACAUUGAGGCUGUUCUGACACAUUGAGGCCGUUCUGACACAUUGAGGCCGUUCCGAGGGCAAAAAGGAUGGCGGUGUCACUCUAUAUUAGGAAGGUGUUCUUAAUGUUUUGUAUACUCGGUGUGUUGAUAUUCUAAUGUAAAAAAUGUCAAGUUAUACUAUGUAGAUAUCCCACUAUGUAGAAGGUGAAGGAUGUAACUCUGAAACCAGGAAGUGAUACGUCUGUAGUGAGUGUGUGAUAGGCUAACACCGUGCGCUGUAAGCUGAUGAAAAUAGAUUACUUUAUUUUUUUAUUUUUGUGUGUAAUUUCUUGUUAAGACAAUUACUGUGGUUGAUAUGAAGGAAUAUUGUGUGUGGUGGGCUGUUCUGAUGUAGGCCUUGUGAAAUCUCUGUGUUUUAGAUUUUAUUGGCAUGUCAGGGGAGGGAGGGAGAGAAGGGGCCUGGGUUGAGGGGAAAAGAGGGAGGGAUGGAGAGGGCGGCCUGAGCAGUGUAAUAAACCAAAAGACCUCUGGGCCAUCGAGACACAGCUCUCACCUAAGCUUCUGCCAUUUUGUAAUAGUGAGUUCUAACAAGCCUUUAAAUGAAACUCGUUGUAGUUAAACACUAAUAUCCAUCCCCCCUCCUCCUGUACUGCUGACCGGCAGCCAUUUUGAAACUCGUCGUAGUUAAACACUAAUAUCCAUCCCCCUCCUCCUGUACUGCUGACCGGCAGCCAUUUUGAAACUCGUCGUAGUUAAACACUAAUAUCCAUCCCCCUCCUCCUGUACUGCUGACCGGCAGCCAUUUUAAACACUAAUAUCUUCCCCCUCCUCCUGUACUGCUGACCGGCAGCCAUUUUGAAACUCGUCGUAGUUAAACACUAAUAUCCAUCCCCUCCUCCUGUACUGCUGACCGGCAGCCAUUUUAAACACUAAUAUCUUCCCCCUCCUCCUGUACUGCUGACUGGCAGCCAUUUUGAAACUCGUCGUAGUUAAACACUAAUAUCCAUCCCCUCCUCCUGUACUGCUGACCGGCAGCCAUUUUGAAACUCGUUGUAGUUAAACACUAAUAUCUUCCCUCUCCUCCUGUACUGCUGACCGGCAGCCAUUUUAAUGACAACCUUUCCUGGUAGAGCAGGGAGAAGUCUCCCUACCAGCGGACCGAUGUGGUUCUAUCUCUGUGGAUGUUUGUGUAAUAUUUGCUGGUAAAAAUGAAGGCUAUUUUGUUAAAAAGGGAAAAAGCCUGGUUGUGUUGUCUGUUUUUUGUCUCCGGUGUUCAGUGUAUUUGCAGAUGAUAACGUUAAUAUAACAGUAUACAACAGGUUCAUGUUAAUUUCGCUAAGCCUGGGUUCCAUCGAAGGGAAGAGUCCCUGUUUGAUUCCACCAUUGGGAUUCUACUGGUCUCUAGUGGUCUCUAGUGGUCUCUAUGGGUUUCUACUGGUCUCUACUGGUUUCUACUGGUCUCUAGUGGUUUCUAGUGGUUUCUGCUGGUCUCUAGUGGUUUCUGCUGGUCUCUAAUGGUUUCUGCUGGUCUCUAGUGGUUUCUACUGGUCUCUAGUGGUUUCUAGUGGUCUCUAUGGGUUUCUACUGGUCUCUACUGGUUUCUACUGGUCUCUAGUGGUUUCUGCUGGUCUCUAAUGGUUUCUGCUGGUCUCUAGUGGUUUCUACUGGUUUCUGCUGGUCUCUAAUGGUUUCUACUGGUCUCUAGUGGUUUCUACUGGUUUCUCCUGGUCUCUAAUGGUUUCUGCUGGUCUCUAGUGGUUUCUACUGGUCUCUAGUGGUUUCUACUGGUCUCUAGUGGUCUCUACUGGAUGCCCACCUGAACAUUUUUCUGACACUGCAGUGUUGCACUUUCUUAUCUACAAAGUAGAUUAUUAUACGUUUUGAUAAUCUAAUUAUUUCUAUAACAAUAAAACCAUCUGAAUAUCUGUGUGUGCAUUGUAAAGCGUGUGUGCAUUGUAAAGCGUGUGUGCAUUGUAAAGCGUGUGUGCAUUGUAAAGCGUGUGUGCAUUGUAAAGCGUGUGUGCAUUGUAAAGCGUGUGUGCAUUGUAAAGCGUGUGUGCAUUGUAAAGCGUGUGUGCAUUGUAAAGCGUGUGUGCAUUGUAAAGCGUUUGUGGACGGUAAAGCGUGUGUGCAUUGUAAAGCGUUUGUGGACGGUAAAGCGUGUGUGCAUUGUAAAGCGUGUGUGCAUUGUAAAGCGUGUGUGCAUUGUAAAGCGUGUGUGCAUUGUAAAGCGUGUGUGCAUUGUAAAGCGUGUGUGCAUUGUAAAGCGUUUGUGGACGGUAAAGCGUGUGUGCAUUGUAAAGCGUUUGUGGACGGUAAAGCGUGUGUGCAUUGUAAAGCGUUUGUGGACGGUAAAGCGUUUGUGGACGGUAAAGCGUUUGUGGACGGCAUUUGUAAAGUUGUGAAGUCUGUUGGCUGUUGCAAAGUAAUGUAUUUUCUGAGAUCAUUGUCUUCAAAGGGGUAUGUAAAAAAAAAAAGUAUAUAUAUAUUCACUGCGUUUCAUCUUCUUUCAGGAAAUGCCACUCGUGGCUUCCUGAAUUCUACAAAGCAGCACAUUGUGUGCAGGUCAUAGGUACUCUAGGUUUGAUUGUAAACACACCUGUUGUACCGAGGACAGUUACAAUCCUUUUCUAUUGCCCGUCCCAUCUUUACUGAACUCAAUUGUGGCUAAAUAGUUGUUGUACAGUUUUUAUCAUGCUUGUGUAAACUACUCCAACUAUUGCCUUGCUAGUAGAGUUUAUAACCUUGCUAGUAGAGUUUAUAACCUUGCUAGUAGAGUUUAUAACCUUGCUAGUAGAGUUUAUAACCUUGCUAGUAGAGUUUAUAACCUUGCUAGUAGAGUUUAUAACCUUGCUAGUAGAGUUUAUAACCUUGCUAGUAGAGUUUAUAACCUUGCUAGUAGAGUUUAUAACCUUGCUAGUAGAGUUUAUAACCUUGCUAGUAGAGUUUAUAACCUUGCUAGUAGAGUUUAUAACCUUGCUAGUAGAGUUUAUAACCUUGCUAGUAGAGUUUAUAACCUUGCUAGUAGAGUUUAUAACCUUGCUAGUAGAGUUUAUAACCUUGCUAGUAGAGUUUAUAACCUUGCUAGUAGAGUUUAUAACCUUGCUAGUAGAGUUUAUAACCUUGCUAGUAGAGUUUAUAACCUUGCUAGUAGAGUUUAUAACCUUGCUAGUAGAGUUUAUAACCUUGCUAGUAGAGUUUAUAACCUUGCUAGUAGAGUUUAUAACCUUGCUAGUAGAGUUUAUAACCUUGAUAGUAGAGUUUAUAACCUUGCUAGUAGAGUUUAUAACCUUGCUAGUAGAGUUUCUAACCUAUAGCUGUCCUGCUCCAGUUAUGUGUAAAUAUAAAGGCACAUUAUUAUGAAGGAAAAUGAAUUGAAGGGCAUUUUGACUUCAUGUGUGUAUAAAUGGAUAUGAUUGAGUUGAUAUAUUAUUGUAAAGUGUUUUUCUGUUGGGAGGCGUACAGUAUACUGCAUGAUUAUAAACUAUUCAUCUCUGUUGGGAGGCGUACAGUAUACUGCAUGAUUAUAAACUAUUCAUCUCUGUUGGGAGGCAUAUAUUGAAUAUAUCGUCACAGUCAUGUUUUCUGUUGGGAGGCUUACACUGUUAAUAUCUACACAGUCAUGUUUUCUGUUGGGAGGCUUACACUGUUAAUAUCUACACAGUCAUGUUUUCUGUUGAGAGGCUUACACUGUUAAUAUCUACACAGUCCUCAUGUUUUCUGCAGUGGGGGUUACACCCCAAAUGGCCCCCUAUUCCCUAUAUAAUGAGCCCAUAGAGCGCUGGUUAGAAGUAGUUCACUCUACAGGGGAUAGGAGGCCAUUUUGGACGGACUCCUUGUUGUUGUUCUCCUGUUGGUUUCCAUGGUUUCACUCUGUACCUCCUUUCUUACUGCACGAUACAAAACAGCUGUGGUGACAAUGUCUUGCUGUUGAUCAAUGUACCGUCAUUAUUUUAUCAUCGUGUAUGUUUGUCCUCGGUCAACUUAAAUCUCAAUAAACUAUGUGAAUAAACUGAAUAGAUGAAGCAUC